AUGGUCGCAUUGCAAAAUCGUAAAGUGAGUUUGAGUACUAUAGAAAUUAACGCACAUCAUGUCGCCCAAUGAAAAUUGGCAAUCGGUGAGAGUGAAGAAGACAUAGAACAAAAAUAGUUCAAAGGUACAUUAAAAAUUUGUGGGUCUGAAAAUCCAUAAUUUUUGAAAUUGCGGUUGGUUUGUUUCGAAAAAAUUGAGGAUGAUUUUUAGUCGCUUGGCACAGUGAAAGUUCUAGAAUAAAUUCUCAAAAGUCAAGCUGAUACCUCUUUCUAAAUUUCACAAAUCCUAGACCCGCAAAUGUAAAUCUCUGUAGAUCACGCGCGAUUUUAAUAUCUUUUCGUCUCUUUCACUCUCACCGAUUGCUGUUUGACAUGUUGUUUAACUGUUUAUGAAAUUUUUCUAACAUUAACCAAAAUUCAAUCGGUACCACGCGCUUUACUGCACUCACGCCCGCGAAAAAUUUUGUUUGAACGUGAUUUUUUUCGCAUUUCGUCUAUUCAAUGCAGUAAUUCACGAAAAAAACGUUUUUUAACUUUGAAAAACCAAAAAAGGGAUUCACGAACUCACCCAAUUGCGUUUCGGAACGUUGUGUUGGGAAUGUGUUGAGAAAAUGGUUUACUAAUUCAACAUGAUCCAUUUUUCAGAUAAACAUAUGUUUCAAUGAAUGGAGUACUCGGUAAGUAUAAUCUAAGGAAUCCAUAAAAACGUAGGAUAACUAUGAUAAUUAUUUAGUAUAAUUAUUUAGAAGUUUUAAGUUUUUAGUAGAGAAAAAAAACACUACUGAACACCGACAUAAAUUUCUGAGGUGUUUUCCUGACGGCCUGCCUCGUUCCACGAUUAGUCUACGUUUCAGGUGAUUUGGAUGAUUGUUUCUUUCAUCUAUUUUCACUGAAUUUCCAAGAGAAAAUAACAGAACUAUAAUUUGGUGAAAUGAAACAUGCAUUACUAAAACAGGUCGAGAAUUUAUGCCUGUUCUAAACUCGAUUUUAUUCCAUUUGACCUCGGAGCCGAUUUUUGAGAUAAUUAAAUUUAAAAAAGUUUUUAGAUGUCAAUAACUGAAACAUUCACAGUUUUCACAAUGUAAAAAGUUAGCGUACUAUUUUUUAUUUUGGAAACCACGAUUUUGGCCGAGGCAAAUGUUUGUUAAAUUGAUAUUCGAACGUGACUCAAACAUAUCCAGGAAACGAGAAAACUGAGAAAAUUGAUAUGUUCGUCAAAAGAAUUCCGAACUUCAAAUCAAUUUUGGUUUUUUAAAGAAAAAAUCAAUGUCGUAUCUUUUUAGAAUUUUUAAUGUGGUGAAAAUUUUUCAUUCAAAAUGUUUUUAUCGUUUUUAACUUGUGUUAUUACAGUUGGAUUUGUGAAGGUCAAGUGGCAGAAGUUGAUUUCGAAGAAGUCAAAGUUAAACUGAACCAAAUAAUUCACUAUAAUCUGGAAGAAAUCGACGGAAAAUAUCGUAUUCAGUUUGUGAGUUUUUCGGAAUAUUUCCAACGUAUAUAAACUAGCUGAAAUUGCGCUUUGGUGAUUUUUAAAUACCCUCAAAAACUACUAACAAGGAAUAAAUCCCAAUGUGACACCCUGGAAAAGUUCGGUUGUAAGUUCAAAUAGUGUCUUAUGAGGAGUUAUGAAAAACCAAGAGGGGAUUUUUUAAGUAAAAAUUUCUUUCAUGAGGAUCCGGAGGUCGACAUUUUGAACAUUUUUCAAAAAGUCAAAAAACCUUCUAUUUUUGAAAAUUCGUAACUCAGCUUAAACUUUGAAGCUCGAAUUGUCUCUUUUCAGUGUUUUUAGAGUACAAUUAUCAAACUUUGAAGUUGAUUUUUUUGAAAAAUCCACAGUGAAGUUUUUUUAUUAGUCUAGAAUCAUACCGGCGCCAUUUUUCAAUCAAAAACUGAUUUUAAUGUUUGUCUUAUGUUUUCAUGAAAAAGUUCAGAACCUAACCUUAUGCACUUCUCUUGUGAACAAAAAAUAACACUAAUUUUUUCAUUUCCAGCAAUUUGGUAGUGAUUAUGAAUCAUUUAUCACAAAACAUCCAUCUUUUAAACGAUCAAAAUUUGAAAACCAUUUGAAACUGAUCAAUUUGCCACCGAAUGUUGGCGGCGAUGUUAUAAAAGAAAAGAUAUCGACAAUCGGAAUUAUUGUUUAUGUCGAGAAACUAUCGAGUGAUCCAUCAGCAGUAUUGGAAAUGGCAUCAAAAAGUGAAGUGGAUAAAUGUGUGACACAUUUUGAGAAAAAUAUCAUUUAUUUAUUUGGGUGAGUGUUAUAUUUGUUUUGAAUAGAACAACAAAUAUUAUUUUAGUACUGAUGCACUUCUGCCAACAAAAGCCAUCCGUCUGCAUCACCCAGGAUUCCAAUCAAUAACGGAAAAUCCUGAAAAGUUCCAGUAGGUUUUUAUUUGUAGUUAUAACAACUUAUUUCUUUUAAAAUUGUUAUAUUAAUCUAGGACUGUCCAAAUUGAUAACCCAACACAAAUUCUUUUCGAAAAACAGAAGACUGACUUGCAGAAAAACUUCUUUUUUGAACAAAAAGAACGUGUAAAGCAGGCUGUGUUGGAGAACAAAUGUUGGAGUUGAAAGAGAUAACAAAAUCACAAAAUGACAUAAAAGAAAUUGAAAAACAAAUAAAAAGUGAGUCCCCCCCCCCCCCACUAAACUUCGUCAAUACCUUCCACUGUAUCGAAUUUUUACAGAUUUUACAACAGAAAUGGAUAAGGUUUUCGCGACCAACAACAACAUGAACUCACAAAACAAUUGGAAACGUAAGUUUAUUAAAUUUCAUAAUGUUUUGGAAUACAAUUGAGUGAGAGAUAAUCUUUUUUGGAGAAAAAUAAAUGAAAUUAUGAAAAGUGAAGUUGCUAGAGAAAACAAACACUUUUGAUAGGAAAACGUGUUCACGUGAGAACAAGAAAUUCAUUUUUAGAGAGCAUUCAAAUUAGUUUUAGAAACUUUGAAUCCUAGCGCCAAGACUCUUUUUUAAGAUUAUUACACACUUUUUUUCAUUUUUUGAAGAAAAAUUAAUCGACUAUAAGAGCUCAUGCAAAUAAUCAAAUUACACGUGAAUUUUUAAAAGCUUUUUUUUCUCUAAAUCUCUACUUUCCACUUGGUUAAAUUCUCUUUUUAGCAUUAAAUUUUGUGAUCUGCCAAACCAUUUUUCAUUUUUAAGACACAAAGGCGUCGUUGGAUCUAUUGAUCAACGUCAAUCCGGAAAAUGGCUCGCCGCCUCUAAAGAAAACAGGUUUGUUUGAUUGUUUUUUUUUGGAUAAAAUUAAAGCAUGUAUUUUUACAGCCUAUGAAGACAACUCAUGCAGCAACAAAUACAUGCCAUGA